GCCACAGCCACCGCCAUGUUCCGGCGGGCCCGGCUCAAUGUGCGGCCCAACGUGCGGCCCGGGGUCAGGAGCGCCGCCAGCUCCGCCAGCAGUGCCGCCGUCAGCGCCGCCAGCAGCACUGCCGGCAGCGCGGCGGACACGGAGCCUCAUGCCUCGGGCUCCCCGGUGACUGCCGGAUCAGAGGCUGCGGCGGAAGCCGUCGCCGAGCCACCGCCAGCCGCGUCGCGGGUCGAGAGCGAUGACAAGGCUGAUAGAUCAAAUGGUGCUGGAGAAGCUAGUAAACAUGCAGAGAUGCCUGUGCAGAGAAGAAGACGUAUUUCCACUGUGCCCAAUCUGAAACCUAGAGCUGGACCUUCAUCUGCUCAGCGUUUAGCAUCAAAACCACUGGGGCAAGCAUCACAGGCUCCUGAAGACAGUGCUUCACUUCAGAAGGAUUCCUCUCCAUCAGAGGAGAGUAAUUUUGAAAGCCCUUCAGAGUCCCCUGUGUUGCCCGAAAAGAAAAUACCUGUGCCACAAGCGCCACAGAAUUCCCCACGAAAUAAAUCAGCAAACGAAGAGCAAACUGUAGGUGUGACUGCUCAAGAAAAUGAUGAUACCUUGGAGAAGAAUGUACCCUCCUCACUCAAGGAGAGAUCAACACAGGAAAGAUCAGGAACACAGGAGGAGAAGUUACCUGUGAAACCUGCUCGUUUAAAAGAGAAACGAGUAUGUUCUGACCGUGAAAGGGUCCUCAAAGCUCAGAAGUUAAGAGAAAUGCUUAAAGAAGAGCUGAAGAAAGAGCGGAUGUUGAAACAGAAGCCUCCAAUAAUUGAGGGACGUUCUCCACCAGAUCGUUCUAAAAUGACCAUGAGAGACUUGAUAUACUAUCUGCCAGAAAACAAUCCUAUGAAGUCUUCAGUGGCAGAAGAAAAUAGAACAGAAAAAAGCUCUGCACUAAGUCAAAUGAAAGAACCGGAAGAGAAAAGUACUGCUGAUCAUGAAGAUGAGGAGGAGGAUGAUGAAGUAGAGAAUGGGGAGGAGAGUCAGGAUGGUUCACUUCUAGUUCCUCGUGUGAAAGUAGCAGAAGAUGGUUCAAUUAUUCUGGAUGAAGAAAGUUUAACUGUAGAAGUUCUAAGAACAAAAGGUCCAUGUGUUGUAGAAGAAAAUGACCCCAUCUUUGAACGUGGUUCUACAACUACAUAUUCUAGCUUCAGGAGAAGUUGUUACACAAAACCAUGGUCAAAUAAAGAAACAGACAUGUUCUUUUUAGCAAUCAGUAUGGUAGGAACAGACUUCUCCUUGAUUGGACGGCUGUUCCCUCAUAGAGACAGAGCAGAAAUUAAGAACAAGUUCAAACGUGAGGAAAAAGCUAAUGGAUGGAGGAUAGACAAAGCUUUCAAAGAAAAGCGGCCUUUUGACUUUGAAUUCUUUGCCCAGUUGCUCGAGAAGGUCUUAGCAGAUGAGGAGAAGAGGAAGCAAAAGACUGUUAAAAGCCAGAAGGCAAGGGAGAAGAAACCUCCAAGGUCUCAGAAGAAGCCAAAAGGAGCAAAAGCUGCUAGCACAGAAACUGCUGAUGAUCAAGAUGGUUCUCAUGAAGCCAGAAUUUCUGAUGCAGAAACAGAUCCAGAUGCUGUUAUGGCUGAGAAAGAAAAUGAGGAAUCUUUGAGCAUUUCUGAACAGGCAGAAGAGCAGGUUGCAUUAGAGCCAGUGUUAGCAAAAAAGAAGAGAAAGAAGAAGAAAAAAGAUGAUCUUGAACAGGAACGGGAGAAUCUUCCAGAAGAAAUGGCUGUCCCUCCAAAAAUUGCUGAAGAAGGGAAGUCCUCUAAGAAAAUAGCAGAAAAAAGUGUGGUAUGUGAUGCAAACAAAGAUGAUCAUACUACCUGUAGAGAAGAACUGAACAAUCUUACGGAAGGAAAACAAGAUGAGACUGCUGUUGCAGAGGAAGAGGGAUCAGAGUCCUGUUUACCAGUGGAUAACAUAAUGGAGAGAGAAGGUGACGUCAACUUAUGCAGCUCUGAAGAUAGCAAUGAUGUUACACUAGAAAUGGAACCUGCUAAACUGAGAACCCUAGAUACUAGGGGUGAUGUAUCACAGGAAAGCCAGAUUUCAGACUUACCAGUUUCAAAGAUCAGAAGCAAAGAAGGACAAUCUGAAGAAACUAGGGAAACAAAGAACAAAGAUGUGUACGACUUACAUAGACCAGAUGAAAAGCAGAGUACAUCAGAAAGCCAUUCUCAAUCUGAAAUCAUGAAAACUGAAAUGCUAGCAGGCAUAAGGUGCUUGCAAAGACCUAAACCCAAUUUAGUGAGAUCAUCUGUAAGGAGAGAAGCAGCAACACAGAAGAAAAUGGAGGCCAAGACUUCCUCUUCAAACCUUGUGAAUACUGAUGAAAAGUGCUCUGAGGAAGACAGUAGAGGAAACAGAAAUGAAGCCACAGAAGUAGAGAGCAUGGCUUUGGGUACUAAGUCUGAAGAACCUGAAAAAAAUGUAAUUGCAAAGGCAGUAGUUGGAGGGUGUCGACAGAGAUUUAAGCCUAAUAUUACAAGAGCAUCUGGAAAGAAAGAAGAGCCUGAAAAAGAUGCAGGAAAUGAGUCAGUGUCUCAUCUACAGCCUAAGGAGGAAACGGAAAAGAGCACUGACCAGAGUGAUAGGUCUGAUGCUACCAGUGAAGAAGCUGCAGAAAAAGGUGAUAAAAUCCUGGAGACAGUGCCUCAAUCUAAUGGAACAGCUGGUUUACAACAAGACAGCAAACAGAGUGUGCUGAAACCACCACCUCUAAAGAGAGGCAAAUUGCAAAGACCAAAACCAAAUCUGGGAACACGUGUUGCAAGACAAAAAGACCUGACAGCUGAAAAAGCUCCAGAAGACGAGAAAACUGAAAGUGGAGAACUAGAAAAAGGUGUGAUACACCAUAAAGAUGAAAACAAUGAUCCAUGCCUUGAAAAUGAUGUGACAGUUCAUAAAGACACUCAGCCAGGCAGUGCGAUGUUAGAUGGGGAUGUGCCUACAGAUUCUGAGAUGAACUCAAUACAGGAAAAGUCCUCUGAAGCAGAAAGCUGUGAAAGUGAAAAGCGACUGUCAGAUACCUUGAAACAGGUUCCAGAUUCCAAUACAAGGGAGUCUAGUCUUCAGAAGGAAGAGGAGAAGACUGUUGUAUCAUCAGUUCAGUUACUAAAGAGUCGAUUCCAGAGACCAAAGCCAAAUUUAAAUAUGGCAACUAGUAGAAAGAAAGUGCUGGAUGUAAAUAAUACAGGUAUAUCACAGGAAGAUACCUGCAUGGAAGGAAGUUUGACACAGUGUGACAGUGAAUGUAGCAUCCUUCCUGAUACAGAUAAUGCAGGGAAACAUCAAGUCCUGCGACCAUUGGAACUCUUGGGAAAGGAGAAGUCUGUUGGCUCUCAUGAGGUUUCUGAGAGCCCAAGCUGUAAGUCCCCAGAGAAAAUUUCAAGAUCAGAGGACUGUGAACUCAUGUCUUGUCUACCCCAAAUUAGCCAAGAUGACACCUCAGCCACUAAAGCAGACAAAAGUAGCACUGGAGAAUGUAAACAAACACCUCUUCAACCUGCCCAGUUAGUACGGCGCCGAUUCCAGAGGUACAAGCCAAACUUGGUAAGAGCUGUUGUAAGGAAGGAAUUGCAAAUAUCAGAAAAGAAGAUUGAGAAAAAUCCUGAAGCAGAACAGUCAGUAUUGCAAGAAGAUGAGUCUGCCAAUGAUCUUAUUGGUAAAAAUGAAGCUGUAUUGUGUCAAGCAGAUACAUUGAGCGAAGAGGAACAGAAACAGGAAGAGGUACCUCAGGUGCCCUGUAUUUCUGGAAACACACUGUGUGAACAAAACAGUGCUGAAAAAUCCACUUCCCAAGAAGGCAAGCUGAGUGCUCUGGGAUCAGUACAGUUCAUAAGGAAAACAUUUACAAGAAUUAGACCGAACCUAAUAAGAGCUUAUAGGGAAAAAGAAUCUCCGGUGACAAAAACACUUGCUGCUCCAGUUGAAGAAGAAGAAAAUAAAGGAGAGAAUCUGCUUGUGGCAGAAGAAUCUGAGGAACCUCCUUCCUCAAAAGAUGACAUGGAAGUACUGCUGUCUGUGGGGAGUUUGGCCAAGGAUGGCAAUCUAGACAUAAAUCUUAAAAACAGAAAGUCAGAAACACUCUGUUCCUCUAAAAUGCCACCUAACUGCCACAAUAAGGCAGAACAACAGCUAUCUGAAGAUACAAGAUACAUUCAGGAUACCUCAGAAAGGUCCAACAGUAAGCUAAGUUCUGGAGAAGCAAGUAAACAGAGUGAUGCAAAACCGUUGUGUCAAGUGAAUGAAUCCUGUUGGUGCUCAAGGCCAAACCUAAUGAGUGUUACUAGAAAAAGGGUUUAUCCUGAAGAAAGUGAAAACAGAGAAGAGGACAACUCUGAUAACAGAAAUGCAGAAGAGUGUUUGGUGUUAGAAGAACCAAGUGUGCCAGUGCUAAAAUCUAGUAACGUAGUGGAAGCUGCAUCCUUCUCAGAGACUACAAGAAAACACAAUUUUACAGACUCUGCUGGGGAAGCAUCUUGUAAGAGAAUGAGGCAGGAUAGUAGACUCCAGUCUCCAAAGAUAUCAUCAGAGAGUGAGAGUCAAGUAGAACAAGAAUAUUCUCAGCUUUCUGCCUCAAGAGAAAAAAAAUCAGACACUCUCACAAGAAGGCAGUCCAGGAGGCCGUCAAAGCAGAUAGUGCUGCCAAAACAUAUCUCUGAGCUAAGAACUGCUGCCUCUUCUUCCUCUGAGUGUGAGGCUGAUUGCAGUGAGAAGGGGAAUCAAAGGCAAGAAGUUAAAUUGAGUGUUACUAGAGGCAAAAGUUUGAAAACUGUACAUAGAAAGAAAUCUGGGAAGGAGCACAAAAGUUCAAAGAUAACCUUGGUGACCCUCCGGGCUUCUCAAGAAGAGGAGGAGGAGGAGGACGCAGAUGACUUUGAGCCUGAUGAUGAAGAUGAGUGCUUUGCACCAGAAGAAGUAAACAAAGCUCCAGCGUUUGUUCCUAAAGGUCUUCGAUCUCCAAAACCUAUUCCUGUUCAGAUAGAGGAAACCAUGGAGGAGCUGGAAAUACCUGUGAAUAUACCAGAUGUGCAGGUGGCUGCUGAUGCUGAAAGUCUGUCAUGUGCAUCUGUCGAUCAAGUGGUACAGAGGGAGGAAAAAGAAACAACCAUACAUGAAAAUCCAGGCGUGGACAAAGGUAUUAAUGAUGGAAGCACUGAAGCUGCUAUGACUUUACUUGCAAUGGGUGAUCCAAUGUUCCAGUUAAAAACAAGCACUGAAGAACGAGCACACAUGUUACCCACUCAGGAUGAGUUGGACGUGGCCAGUAGCUCUGCCUGUACCAGACAAGAUAGAAUUUCUAGUCAGCAUUUACUUUCUUCAGACACUUCUACCAAGGAAUUGGUCCUUUCUAAGGAUGAAAGCAGCAUUAACGUAGCGAAUCAGAGAACUGGCACAAGAACAGAUGUCACCCAAUAUUUUGAGAAAAAUGCUAAAGAUACCAGUGAUAGCUCUUUGCCUACGUUGAGUGGUUUGAGACCGACAAGAGGCGGGCUCUUGGAGCCUGAGCCAGCCUUUGAAGUAUUGAUGUCCAAUGACAACACAAUUCAGAAGUCACUUACUACAAAUAUACUUGUGGAACAACCAGAGCAAAUUCAAAGUGAGUCUACAACCCUGAGAGGUACUGCAGAAAUGCAGAAGGUGGAACUAGAACAGGUCAGACCAGCUGCAGGUGAUUCUCCAGUUUUUCAUGACUUUGCAACUAGAAGUGUGGAACUUAACAAGCAAGCGGACAAAAUUGAGAGGUACAUACCUUACAGAACAGAAAAAGAGAUGAGAGAUGUUCAUGGAAAAUCAGAAGAAUUACGAACUACAUCACCAACACCUGAAAAAUCUCACCUUGGACUAGAGGAUUGUCCGAAUCAGUGUUCUGUGGAUGGACUUUCUGAGCAAAAUCCUUAUCCUUCUGAGCACAACAUGUGCACAAUUAAUUUUACUCAGAAUGAAGCUUGUGCUCAGGAUGAUCAACAACAAUGGAUAAGCAGAACAGACGAGACUUCAGUAGUGAACAAUGAUCAUAGAUAUCCAGAGGAGGAACAUACAUUCAUUUUAACGUUGGUGGAAAUCCCAGCUGAUUCAAAAGAGUUUGAUGCAUCUGUUUUGCUGGAACAAACUUCAGAACCAUUACUACCAGCCCCAAUACUUAUCAGCCCCAUAAAUGCAAGGAAAACAAGUGUGACUGAAGUGGAGAGUAUUGGAUCUUCAACAACUCAUGAAUUUACUGCACCUUUAAACAGCAUUAUGGAAACUGAACAACUAGAGAGUGCAUCAGUAGAGCCUGUCCCAAAUUUACAGACAACUCAGAAAAGGUCAGCUGCUGACCUAGAGGAGAAUGACUUUCCUCCAGCCAAGAAAAUUCUCUCUCCUGUUGUAGUGGAAAAUAACUUGGAAACCACUUAUGAGACUCACUCAAUUAAAUCCACAAAUGCUCCAGUGGUAACUUCAGGGAAUCCUUUUCAAAUGACAGAGGCUUCAGCAAAAGAGAAAGUACCUGCCUCUGUGUUGGUGUCCAAAUCUAUGUCACCACUGGCUGACAGGAGCCACCUGGAGAUUUUGGAGAACUUCAGGAUAGCACCACUUCAGAAUUCAGCAUCCAGAGAGAAAGAGGAAGUGGUGUCUAGAUUGUCUCCUAGCAGAAAAGCAGAAAUAAGUGGACAAGGGAAGCAGAGUGAAGUGCAUGAAUCUGGACAGGUGGAACAUACUGGAAGCCUAGCAUCAUCUUCAAAAACUCCAUUAGUCAGGCGUGGCCGAAAACCACUGGGAUUUUUAUCUUUAAUUUGCACAAAAAGUGGUUCUGAGACUGCAGAAAAUUCCAAAAGGGAUAGAGGGAAGAUCCCAAAACCUCGGCUUGUGACUCCAAAGCGAAACCUAAAAAACCACACUCCAUCUCCCAAGGACGACGGAGAAUCUUGUUCUCUUCCCUCUACAAGCACAUCAUCAUCUGUGGAGUAUGAGAAUAUAGCUGCUGAUGCUGCAGUUACGGUUCCAAGUAACAAGCCACCUGAGAAGCCACCCCUUUGUGAUAAAGAUCAAGAGAAGGAGGAAGAACCAACCAGAAUCUCUGAGUAUUUUUUCAGUGACAUUUUUAUGGAAGUGGAUGAUUCAGAAUAGCAAGUCAGCUUUGUAAAAACCUAGAAUCUGAGAGUGUAAUGCAGCAAGAAAAGAGUAUUUUUUUUUUAAGUUCUUAUGUCGAUUAUGCCACACUUAAUGUCACCAAGCUGUUUUUAAUUCCAUAAAGAUGAAAUGUAUUUCUUCUGAAGCAACCUGGAUGCUUUUAAAAUGUUGAUAUAAUCUAAACCUCUACAUUGAUGUAAUUGGACCAGAGCAGCACCUGGUAGCUUGUAGUUUCACUUUAGAUGCUGAUAAUGGAUGCAUGACUAUCUUCAAGAAAAGUGCAAUGAACAAAUGCUUAAUUUUUGUGACAAGUAUCCUUUUGAAUUUUAAUGCUAAAGCUUGUGGUACUGGCUGUACAAGUUCUUUACUUCUUUUUGUGAAGUAUGUUAUGUUAGUGUGUUAGAAGGAGGAAUGAACUUUUUAUCUAUAGGGUAAUCUCCGUAGAUAAAGAUGCAAAUACUGGAAGUAGUGUAGUAAAUACAUAGGUAUGUUCAGUACUGCAGGUAUUUUUAUUAACAUCUUCAAAUGAUGUAUUUUUAUAAGUGUUUUUAACCACAUGUAUUGAAAGAUCCUAACUGAAAAGCCAAAUAGGUUUAGUUCUUUAAAAAUUUAUUGAGAAUAACUGGAAAACCACGAUUUAUUAAAAAUGCCACGCAGCAUUAAUCUUUGUGGCUGUCCUAUUGGAGUAGGAGGAAAAGGUUAAUGUUUCCUAAUACAAAUGCUAAUUUCCUUCUAAAUCUGCAAACAAGGGGAUAAAUACCAUUUCUUUUCCUUGGUUUUAUGUGUAGGUUUUUGUAUAUCUGCUGACUUCCUUGGUUUCCCUUGUGCAAAGUGGUGCAAAGAGGUAGGAUCAAAACCAUGAUUAGACAAUGUGGUUGCUUUGAGGAUUUGCAACUUUGAAGGAGUAAAAUUUGAAUGGUUUUCUUCAUGUUGGAUGUCUGCUUGUGCUGUAACUCACUAUAAAAUGCUGAUGCAGCUUUAUGAUUUUUUACUUGCUUCAUCGAGAAGAUUGUCGUGUUGAGGCAACAAGGUUCAUGCAGUCUCAAAGUGAGAUGGUCACCCACAUAUCAGUAUUUAUUCUGAAACUCCUUCUUACACAAAAAUCAGUGUGGAGAAUUAAGUACUCUACAUUUUUCUCCUGUUCCUUCAUACCAGCAGGUACUUUUGCAAAA